AAUGACACAUUCAGUAAUUAAGUUGGAUUUUCAGUGAAUAGAGGUUUCCCGCAUGAAAUUCAUUAAACAUGUCUGAGAAUCUCACAAUCAGGGAGCAAAUGCAGGACCUGUAUCAAUUUUUUGGGCACAAAGAUAACAUUAUUUGGGACUGUUACCAACGAGACCAGAGGAUACACGUGAGGAACAAAGUUGCACUUGUGUUUGGCCUUUAUAGAGAAAUCUCUACCAAGGAUCAAGAUAAGGACGCCAUUAAUGACGCCAAAGAUGGAGAUAGUGAAGACAAAGAUCUUUUGGAAGACAAAUGUGAUUUAGAAUCGAAAGAGUUGAAGAAGGUUUCAAAGAAAGUACUUCGCAAAGAGAAGAAACUGAAUAAGCGUAUUGAUGAUAUCACAGACUCUAUCUGGAGGCAAGCAAAGUACACCGAUGGAAUUCUUCUGAUGUCUAUUGUGUACUUAGCUAUUGUAACAUCCUCAGAUCGAAAUCGAGUUAAAAUUAUUGAAGAUGCUGAUAGCUUAAAAGACUAUUCAAUGUAUCCAGUGUUCAGGAUAAUGAAAUGCGUGAAAAAUAAAAGCAGCCAGGACUGUUGUAUGAUCUUUGUGGAUGAUCAUGCUAGAGUUUACAGCAAUUGGCAAGACUUUAAGAACAGUACAGCAUUGCCUGAUAGUUUGGUUGUAGCACCAAGAAAGGGAAUCUACAACUGCGAUAGUAAGGGCAACGUCAUUCUUGAGAUGUUUAAUACACCAGCGUCUACAAUAGAAUACAAAAUUUUAAAUGGUAUUGACAAAGCUGCUGAUAUCAUAGGAAUCAUAUCAGCAGUUGCAGCUUUAAUAGCUAUCGGACUUAUCGCAUGGGUUCCCUUAGCUGCUUCUAUUGCUGUUACCAUAUUUACAGUCGCCAGUCUAGUUAGUGCUAUUGCGGCUGCCUGGUCAGCUACACGAUCUGCAACAAGGCUCGUUGACCGAAAAAAACACGAACGUCCAAACACUUUAGACAAUUCAGAAGCCCGUUCAUGUUGGCUGGGAGCAGUAGGUGGGGCGACCGGACUUGCGGCAGGAUUAGCCGGAACUGGAAUGUCUGAACUGAUCCGGAAUGGACAGAAGAUACCUACUAUAAUGCGAUGUACAGUUGAUGCAAUUGCCAUUGCUAACAUCAUAAUGCAGAAAUUAUCUCUAGUCAAUGACUAUUUCGAUGUGAUGUUCAGAGUAAAAGAUAGAAACGUAUCGGCUUUGGACUUUAUUCGUCUAGCUGCAUCAGUUGCUGUUUUCAUUCACUCAGUGAACAACUUUAAAGUUGCUAAGACUGUGAUCAAGAGCCAUCAACAGUCAACAAUAAGCGCUUUCAGAGAAAUUUUGAGUUCCGAUCAGCAGAAAGCAUUUGAUCGAAUGGCUCGGGAGACGAUACGCGUUCGAGGUGAAUAUGCAGGUAACGCCGAUAUCAUCCGAUCAUUAAGGAAUAACCCUUUGACGAGAGAGAACAUAGAUUCCCGUAUUCAAAUGAACAACCUGAUCCGUCAACAAAACUGGAAGGACACGUCAGCCCAUACGGCUAAUGUUCUUAAGAAUUUCAAAACAAGUCUCCACAAUGAUGAUCUCGUGGCAACCGUAGUAAAUAUCCGGGAGAAGAUCAGUGAAGGAUCUUUCGUAAUGUUCAAGGAUUUGGUCACGGCAUAUGUUGAUAUACACGGAAGUCGUAUUGAGCACGAACUCAAUCGUUUUAUUCCUGUUGAAGAAUUUAUGAGCAGUAUUUUUAGCGUUCUCUGCAUAGAAGCUCUGAAGAACGAACAAACCGUAGAUGAAUAUAUUUUAGAUACUAAACUAUCUGAUCGGCAGUAUCUCUUCUGGCAGAUUAACAAGUUCUACGCUAAGUAUCGUAUGCAGCCUCCGAACAAAAUUUGCAAUCAAUGUGGCGGGAAGUACUUCAAUGCACAAUUUUAGGUAAACAUAAUUCAUCUCUUCAAAAUGAAAGUGUUCUGACUACAUUUGCUAUGUAACGGCAAUCGUAGCAAGCGACGCGUCCUGAUCCGUCGCUUGCAACAACUGCUGAUACAAAGUAAACGAUCUUAGAACAGUUUCAUUUUGAGGAAACGAAUUAUUUCAUACCUAACUAAGACGACGACCAAAAACAGUAUUAUAUACAUUUUUAUGAAAUACAAAAUAUUUAGAAGAAAA